ACAAAGUUGCCGACAGGGAUAGUUCUUCCUCUGCUGCUCAACCAAAAAACCGAGCGAUUCAAGAAUGUAGACGUUCCKUUGGGAUAACAACCACGCACAUCGGAACACAGCAAAAGAUGGAGAGGAGWCUUCCUGUGUAGGUCCGUGAUGGACGUUGUCUUGCCCACAGCAGCUGAAGGCCCCCUCCAAGCCCAUGUAUGUACGCUGUUAUGGCACCAAUGGAUGGAAACAUGGACGUUGAGACCCUGUUGGCUGCGAUCCACCUGGAGCGAUACCUGAAGACCUUCCGCCAGUCAGGCUUCCUCUUGGCCAGGGACCUCAGCCACCUAGACAAUGGAGCUCUUAUCCAGCUGGGUGUAACUGCCACCGGACACAGGAAGAGAAUACUGAGGCUGGUCCAGCACAUUCAGAGGGCUACGAAUCAGAAUCAGUCGACAUCGGAGCCAUUAGAGCCCUUAUUGGACCGUUGUCAGUCUGAGUCUGACAUUAAUUCCACACCCAUCCAAUCAGGAGGGCCGAGGUCUGACCAAGGGGGCGGAACCGGGGACAUUCCGUUUGAAGCGUUCCGGAAUAGUUCUGUUCCUAACAUUCCAUCCAUGUUGAUGAACUCCGGGUCAGAACAACAGCAGCAGUACAAUGGGAAUGUUGUCAUAAAACCGGUUCCAAAACCUAGAACGGUGUUUUACAGACACAAAACAGAACCCGCCCGGUUUCUCUCCUGUCCCGCAUCACCGACACCACCAGAUCCCCUGGUUCUAACUUUAACCAGGAAACCAUCUCAGGAAUCUCUCUGUUUUACCAUAUUGGAAGGUUUGGCUUCAGGAGAAUUUAACACUGACACAGUGGUGGUGGGGCCUACACCUACCCCUACCCAUAACCCUACCACUAACCCUAACCCUGCUCCUAACCCUACACCUACCCCUGCCCUGAGACACAGCCUAAGCCUGAGAGAGAGGAGGCUGAGUAACUCCUCAGACUCUGGAGGUCCCCUGCCCCCUGUUCCCCCUCGGCUGAACCGAGGUACCCCUCCAGCCAUGUUUAGUGGACCUACAUCCACACCACCAUCAUCUGGUAGAAGGACUGAACAAAACCAGGACCAGUGUAUGACAACCCCACCUCCCUCAUCCCCUUGUAACUAUGACAACACUGGAUUCCUCUCUUUGACCACUUCCCCUCCCGGCUCCCCGAUGGAGAUGGUCUCCAAUGAGAUCUACUGUGGCACUUCACCUGGCACGGCAGCUAGUAGUGGACGGAUUCCCUGCAACGCUCCUCAAACACCACCACGGUCAGAGAUCCACACCACUCCUGAAGGAAUUAGCACUUUAAGUAACAACUCUUGUGAAUCGUCCCACGGCAUCCCCAUGGAGAAGCCAGAGGAGGAGAUCAGUCCCUACUGUGAAACAGUCUUCCAGACCAGACGACCACUGCACCACUCUGAGGCGGAAAGGACCAACAGUGAAGGAAAGGCAGGAAUGACAAGAAAGGAGGAAGAGAAGCACGGAGAGGAUCAUGGGACACCCAAACUCUCCUGGGCCAAACGUCUGUCUCAUGCCCUCCACAGUGAGUCCCAGGGCUACAGCACAGUAGGAGAGGCAGCACCACCCCCUCGCUGCCUCUCCUUACCCCCCAACCUGUACCCCUCGGAGCUGGAUGAGGACCAGACGAUAUCCCCCUACGCCAGCUACACAUCUCUCUCUGAGCAGACUGCUCCCAUCAUCUGUGGCUGGCUGGAUAAGCUAUCACCACAAGGGAACUAUGUAUUCCAGAAACGAUAUGUGAAGUUUGAUGGCAAAAAUCUGAUGUACUUCGGCAGUGAAAAGGACCCGUACCCCAAAGGAGUGAUUCCUCUGGCCGCGAUACAGAUGGCCCGCAUGGCCAAAGACAAUAAAUUUGAGAUAGUGACAAGUCACAGGACAUUUGUCUUCCGGGCUGAUAACGAAGUGCAGAGACAUSAGUGGUGCAGUACCCUACAGGGGAGGGUGAAGGAACAGCUUGUGUUCGGGCGCCCUCGCUUCGGUCCUGGCAGCCACUGUCAGAGGAGUGGUCCUCUGGAGCUCAAAGGGACCAAGUCAAAAGUCUACGUGGCCAUCAACACAGAGCAGGUCUGGCUGUACAAGACUGAGCAGUGUUUUAGGAAUGGGAUAGGAAUCACGCUGAUCGAGGCCAGAGGAGCUACGAUCAGAGARGGCAAAGGAAAAAGCUUUGACCUCAUCACUCCUUACAAAACAUUCAGUUUCACAGCUGAGUCUGAGCGGGAUAAGAGGGACUGGAUGGAGGCUGUACAGGAGUCCAUAGCAGAGACCCUGUCUGACUACGAGGUGGUUGAGAAGAUUUGGUCUAACAGGUUUAAUAAGCUCUGUGCUGACUGCCAAGCAGUCAACCCUGACUGGGCCUCCAUAAACCUCUGUGUUGUCAUCUGUAAGAACUGUGCAGGUCAACACAGAGGUCUGGGGACUAUGGUGUCUAAAGUACAGAGCCUGAAACUGGACACCAGCGUGUGGAGCAACGAGAUCGUACAGCUCUUCAUAAUGUUGGGGAAUGACCGAGCCAAUGAGUUCUGGGCGGCCAGGCUAUCUCCAGCUGACGAGUUAGACCGUGACGCCACACCAGACCAGCGGAAGGAGUUUAUCAUCCAUAAGUACCGUGAGGGGCGCUACCGACACCCCCACCCCAACUUCAACACACAGGAGGAGCUGCUCAAGGUUCUGUGUACUGCUGUGACCGAGCAGAACCUGCUGAAGACAGUCACCCAGAUCUUCACCGAGGCAGAGGCUGUCCGAGCCCGCCUCGCUGCCUCUAAUGGAUAUGACAAGCAUCUGUCUCAGGAAUARUCCCGCUCACAGGACACCUCGGACCACAGUGUCUAUGAUGAGAUUAAGCAGGCCGUGCUGCACUCUGGCUACCUCUACAAGUCAGCCCUCAAUGAACAAAGGGACAUUAUCCAGGAAACCCGAGAAGAUUUCCAGAAGUACUGGUGCACGGUGGAGAGGUCUCUUCUGUUCUAUGAGUCUGACCGAUGUCCUGAUCCUAGCAUGAAGAUCAACGUCAAUGACAUCGUCUGUCUGGGGGUCAGCAGGCCGGACUCCUGCAACAACAACGCUCUUCAUCUGCCAGGGAACGACGGAGCAGCUGAGGACAUUAUCAACCUUAAACGUCUGCAAGAGCUCAGUAUAGUAACUGAGAACCACAACCAUGAGAAGAAGGAAAUUCUGGUUUUGGUUGAAAAAGGAAGGACGCUGCACCUCCAGGGGAUGGGUCGGUUAGACUUCUCCCUGUGGUACGCAGACAUCCAGAGAGCUGCCGGAGGGAAGGGCAACACCCUGAGAGAACAGCAGCUCAGCAGAAAUGAUAUCCCCAUCAUCGUAGACAGCUGCAUCGCCUUCAUCACACAGUAUGGUCUGGGUCAUGAGGGGAUCUAUAGGAAGAACGGAGCCACGUCCAGGAUCAAGCUACUGAUGGAAGAGUUCAGGAAUGAUGCUCGGAACGUCAAGCUCCGGAUCGGGGAUAACUUCAUAGAGGAUGUGACUGACGUGUUGAAGAGGUUCUUCAGGGAGAUGGACGACCCCAUCUUCAUGGCUGACCUGCAUCCUCUAUGGAAGGAGGCUGUCAGAACAGCCAAGGAUAAGAACCAGCGUCUGGACAGAUACAAGGAGAUCAUCCGUAGUUAACCUAAAGUCAACAGGACUAUGGCUGCUCUCAUCAGCCACCUCUACAGGGUUCAGAAGUGUGCAGACUUGAACCAGAUGUGUCCAAGAACUGUCGCUGCUGUUCGCCCCAGUCUCUUCCAGACAGACGGAAAAGGAGAGCACGAGGUGAAGAUCGUUGAAGACCUCAUAGACAACUACCUGAUAUCUUUUGAUAUUGAUGAGGAGCAGCGGACCCAGAUAGAACUGGAGCUCAGCCUCAUCACCACCUGGAAGGACACUCAGCUGUCCCAAGCGGGUGACCUGAUCAUCGAAGUGUACCUGGAGAAGAAGAUGGCAGACUCCUGCAUCACUCUCAAAAGAAGAAUAGUUGUUUAUAUAAUGUUCAAAUGUUGUCCAUCUUCCACAGAGCGCCCCCUACACCCCAAAGAGAAGGUGCUGGAGCAGGCGCUACAGUGGUGUAAAAUGGCUGAUCCUAGUUCAGCUUACCUGGUGGUGAAGAGAGUUCCCAGAGGAGAGGGCAUCAACAUCCUCACUGCCUACAAGAGUGAGAUAAUGAAGAUGGGAGUUCUGAAGUGUCGUGAAGAUCCUCCCAAACUCCUCCACGGAAAAGUCUUUCAGGAACACACCUUUCAGAUCAAAGACCACAAGCUGCUCCUGCUGAAGGACAAAAAGAGCGUCAAGCCUGAAAAGGAAUGGCCUCUGAAGUCUAUGAAGAUCUACAUGGGAAUUCGAAAGAAGCUGAAACCCCCAAGAUGGGGCUUUACUCUCAUGAUGGAGAAACAGCAACUGUACCUUUGUUGCUUUUGUGAGUCCGACCUAUGGGAUUGGGUCACCAAUUUCCUCAAAGCACAGAAUGAUGACCCCCGACCUCCGGUGUUGAGGCGUCACUCCUCCUCAGACAUCUCCAAACAGAAGUUUGGGACCAUGCCUCUAAUACCAAUCAGAGGGGACGGACACGAGAGCAACUCUACCAUGCUGUCGGCCAAUCAGACUCUGCGAAAGCUUCACGCCAGAAGGACACUCUCCAUGUUCUUUGUAAGUAUGCACACCCUGGUGCUCUGUCAUUUAAAUGUUGCAUGUUUGUGUUACAUGCUGUUUUGAAUGUUCGUACCUACCUUCAUUCUGUGUGGCUCAGUUGGUAGACCAUGCCGCUUGCAACAUCAGGGUUGUGUGUUUGCUUCCCGUGGGGGACCAGUAUGAAAAUGUAUGCACUCACUACUAUAAGUCGCUCAAGGAAGUCCGUCUGCUAAAUUACUAAAAUGUAAAAUAUAUACAGUAUAUAUUUUGACUUCUCCGCUCAUCUAACAAGAAGCUAAGGAUGGGAAUGGGAUGUUUAUUUUGAAGGGUGCUAUUGGACUUAUUUAACGCUCUCCUAACUACCAUAACUAACGGUUUUCCAAAGCCUCUCUCUCUAUCUGUGUAAAGAAAUUCCCUUGGUUUAUACAGGGACUAUAUCUGACUCAGCCACACCUCCACUUCCUGACAGAAGCCCUGACUUCCUGGUAUUAGAGCAUCAGGAUGUUGAUGUGGAUGUUUGAAGUGUAGACAACAGGAUGGACUGGGAGGAGAUAUUGUUCUCCAGUAUUGUUCUGGUUCCAUGGUCCUUUGCCUUGAUGGGGAGGUCUGGGAGGCUUAGUGACCUUCUUGUGUUUUACAGAACACAGUCUGUUGUGUCUAUUAGGCUACUGGUGUACCUACUGGGACUAGCCCAGCCCCAAAUGCAUUUACAAGGGAAUUGUUUUGCUUGAAUUUUUCUUUUGUCCCUCUACGUUUUGAGUGAUUGUCUUGAGGUUGUUGCUGAGGUGCUAGAACAAUGACCUUAAUAGGAGGAAGUCUAUUGUUUUCUAAAGUAGUUGUCAAAGAAGGGCAACUCCCUUCUAUGUUUGUCUCAUUUAAAUUAACCACACGUGUUUCUUUGUCACUGUAAUGGCAGAUCAUCUCCUUAAUACCUACCUAAAGUUCCUAACAGAAAGCUACAUCUCAACCCCCUUUAUUAUCAUAAUAGUUCACAUUCUGCUUUUUCCUCAGGCCUCCCAGAUCUUUACAUAGUGUAUAAUCAAACAUACAAAUAACUCUGGGUGGGUUCAAAU